GCGCACAAUUGCCUCGCAGUCCCAGCCACAGCCCCGCCGCCGCCGCCUCUAACCCCCGCCUUUGGCCUCCUGCACCUCCCCGCGGCAGAAACUCCUUCUCCGCGCCCGUCGAUUCGCGGGAGGCGGCCAUGGAGCACGGUUCGCUGACGGAUUCGAGCGCGUCGACCUUCUCCAUCAUGGAGGAGGAUCACACCCUCGCCAACUCCGUCAGAUUCGUCCUCAACCAGGACCCAAGGGUAGCAUUUUGUGGAUAUAGCAUCCCUCAUCCUGCUGACAACAAAGUCAACAUAAGAGUUCAGACCACAGGAGAUCCAGCAAAGGAUGUAAUGAAAGAUGCUUUACAAGACCUGAUGGUGAUGGGCCAGCAUGUUAGAGGGACUUUUGACAAAGCAGUGGCCGAUUUUAAAUCAAAGAUGCCUGCAGAACAAAUGGAUGUUGAUGUGAACCAGCAAUGAAGUUAUCUGGAACCCCUGUUCAUCAGGAACAAUACGAUAUGUGUAACUAGUUUAUUGUCGGAAAGCAUACUAGUUGUGAUUUCUGCCAUUUGAGGUGUCUAUGGAUCGAUGUCUGGACAUUGCCUUCAGAGAAGUAUGUACCGUUACCCAGUUCCUUUGUUGAACACUGGAAUGUUGGAGUUUGUUAGGAAUUUAUAAUUAACUCAUUGUCGAAGAUGGUUUUUAAAGGUGGCCCAAACACUCUGGAAUGGAAUGUUGGACUUUUCCA